ACUGAAACGUUUUCGUCAGUCGCACUCGCAGUGUGUCCGUUGGACAAAUGGACCAUCGUCGUCGCCUCGACGCCGCCGCCGUUGCGCAAGUCGUACUAUUACAGGUACUCAUACUGUUGUCUUCACCGACCACUGUCRUACGAGUCCUGUGCGGCCGUCCCGUGUGGCUGACCGACGGCGAUACGCUGUACUUAAGAUGGCAGAGCGGGCUGGGCUUGUUGGACCGUUGUUCCGUAGUGCUGCCCAACGGCACGGAGACGACCCUGUCUGACGCGGCCACCACCUUCACCACCGCCGCUAAUAUCACGUACGUGGGCGACGGUUAUCAGUCAGGUCAAUGCGGUCUCAGGGCCGUGAGUGUGGCGCCCGGCGUCGGCAAUUGGACGCUAACGGCGUCAUCAGCGGACGGACGACACGACCGGGACACGACUCUCGUCACGUGCAUCGCGAAGCAAUGGCCCAAGUCGAGCACUAUUCGCGUGACCAUAGGUACCGCGGUGAACGUCACGUGCGGACCACCGAAGGCGUUUUACUGCCGCAUGACAGGCCCGUCCGGCGAAGUUUCCAGUCACAAGGGCCAGUGUUGGGUGCAGAUCAAAUCGGUCGGAUCGCAUCACCUGGACGUGUGGACCUGUUGGUCGGUUACAGCCGAGUCCGCGGCCGAAGUUCAAUACACUCUUCGCCUACACGCUUACCGAGAGGGCGCAGUAACGGAAGUCGGAAGCGACGAAACACCGUCCGAGGUGCGAGUGUUCUGCAACGUCCGCAACGGAACCACUAUUGCAGCAGACGACGGAGACGGCAAUGCAGUUGGUCGAGACAGUCACUUCCGRUCAAAAUACUGCCGGCUUACGUUACCACGAGACGCAAAGACCCUGUCGCUGGCGUAUGGAAGAGGUACCACUCGGUACUCGUAUCACGGUGCGACGUACAACGAUUGCGGCGUGUCAUUCGCAAAACCACUGAGACGAUCCGAAAUCGGCCGAUGGAAGUGUAUGAACGCCAUGUCCGACGACCAGGUUUAUGGCGGGUUCGUUGUCGUCGAACCACCAAACAAUACGAAAGGUAAAACUAUACGACCGACUAUACGGUGUCGACCGCAGUAUGUAUUAUAUAUUUUGAAUCAUGUUUGCGCAGAGUCCGUGAUUGCGGCCCGCCAAGAAGAAYUGUACGCGACCGAGGGCACUCGUGUAACGCUGGGUUGCGACACAGUCGAGAAGCAGCCUAUAGCCUACUGCCGGUUCCUCACACCACAUCUAUUCGGAUUCGCCGUCGACGAGAAAUCGGAUGCGCAGCCUCCACCCCGGUACGCGUACUCGGGCCAAGGACUGACGGCCGGCCACUGCGGUUUGUCCGUCGAUCGCGUUGACGAUUCCGACUACGGAAACUGGACGUGCGCUGUGAAAAUCCUAGACUCGUCCGGAUCUGAAGAAGUCAGCACGACCGUCCUGUUGCGGAAACCCGAAGGAUUCACAAUGAUCCAGAUCAUCGGCAUCGUUUUAUGCGGAACUAUGAUAUCAAUCAUGUCACUGUUCUUUGCCAAUCAUCUCAUCACCAACCCGUCAGCAAAGACGAGGAAAAAAAUCGAAAAAUUAGAAAUGCAGCUCGAAGCGGGCGAACAAGGUGCAAGUCGGAGGGUCGGCGCCAGACGCGCGCAGAAUAGCACGCGCGUGAUCAGAACUCCGCCGUGUAGGAGYCAACCACGGAGAAUUUGAUCACUGCGCUCGGUUAUUUUGCUGGCUACAAUCACAAUACAAUUUUUCGAAUAUUUUAUGUAACGCGAGAUCUUUAGUGAAGCCUCUUCUACACCAGGUUUAAGCGAAGUUAUUUGAUACCACUGRAUAUAAUAAUAAAUWUAGAAAAUAUUAUCCAUUCACAA